AGUAAGCUUUUGAAUUCAGCAUCAUUGUAAUUGUGUAUUUAUACACUGGUGUUUUGCGACUUUUACUCAAGUAAAAGAUCUGAACACUUCCGCCACCGCGAAACAAAUUUCUUAUUAUGAAUUAAUUUUUCGGAUUUUUCGGAUUUUUCGGAUUAUUUAUUAGUAAACUGAAUAAUGUUGUGUCCGGUGAGGGCACUUUUUUCUAUCAAAGAAUAUGUUCAGUUACUAGUGAAUUAUGCAAAUUGCGAAAGCGCGAGGCCCAUUGGCUCGUGUUCCAAGCUCCGCCUGAAUAAAAAAACUGGCCCAGCGCGUGACACUCAAAAUAACCCGAGGAAACACACGCCGACCCGGAGCCGCUAUCGGCCUGGUGCUGCGCGUGUGUUGCCGUGUGUCUCGUCUCGUCUCAAGAGAUUAUUUGGGAAGUUCUCCCCGGCUCUCGCGCUCAUGGAGACCAGACAACAAGAGUUGUACUCUGGUGUUCUGAGUGAAGCAGUGGUGGACUGGGGCAGCAUGGGACCUGGAGAGGAAUGGGUUAACUCGGCCAAACACCAGGGAGAGCAGGGUAAGACUCGCUCAUAUGGCGACGACUUGGCUCCAGUGGCCCCAAAUGGGGAAAAGCUGACCGAGUGGAGUAAAACUUCCCCAUCAGGGGAUGAUCAGUGGGGUGAGACAUCAAUGUCCCACUCUGACAGCUGGGCCAUGUCCACCACUUGGGAUAUGCAGCUGGACGGCACAGAGAGAGGACACCUCACAGCAGGUUUUUUGGACUCUGAGCCACUGAGAGAGACUGAUGAAGAUAUGGCGUCAGAAGUCCACUUAAACAGCUUGACGGAGGAGGAGAGAGAGGAGAUUCAACAAGAGUUGGCUAAACUGGAGGAGGAGAUCAGUACGCUGAAGCAGGUUUUGACGUCCAAAGAGAAGCAGCACGCGGAGCUCAAACAGAAACUGGGCAUGUCUUCGCUGAACGAGCUCAGAAACAACUUGAGUAGAGGCUGGCACGACGUGCAGACCACCACAGCCUAUAAGAAGACAUCAGAGACGCUGUCCACAGCCGGACAGAAAACCUCGGCUGCCUUCAACACUCUGGGCAGCGCCAUCACCAGGAAGUUUGGGGACAUGAGGUCCAACUCUAUCGGCUACGCUAUCAGACACUCUAUGAGCAUGCCCACCAUGAGAAACUCUCCCAGCUUCAAGUCUUUUGAGGAAAAAGUCGAGACUACAGUGUCCACUAUCAAGACAAAGGUCGGCGGUACGGAGACGGGAGGCAGCUUUGAGGAAGUCCUCUCCUCCGCAGCACACGCUAGCUCUCAGGACACGCCCACCAACAACUUGACGGACAGCUCCUCCGAGAGGCCGUGUUAGAGCCUUCAACCAGGAACUCAUGUCUCAACAUCUACUCAUCUACUCUGACUGAAUUGUUACAGAAUACUUUUGUUUGAUCGUGUUGACGCAAUGAGAUGCUUUUGCGAACAAUCUCGUGUCCGCUUAUUAAGUCUCCUAACACUUGGAUGGAAUUUCCUGCAACCUCAAAUGCUUAUUAGACUGAUAGAAAAUUGAUGCAAUUUCUUGUUUGGACCAAAAAUGUAACGUAAAUAUUCUAAAGCGACAGCUCCCGAAGGGGAGACGCAGAUAAGCCUUAGUUAGAAUGAGCAGAUUCCAGGUCAGCUCCGGAACUAAAACCCUGUAAUUCUGGCCUGUGUUUCUUCAUCUCGCGGUUUGGCUCAUGUACAGGAGUCGCCCUCUCCUCUCGAGUGAGGAAACAAACCUGUCAAAAUUAAAGCUUGAGUUCUUCAGACUCAAAAUGAGAGUUUAUUGAUUCCUUCAUUUAAUGCGGAGAUUUGACUUGAUAGCCAUGUUGGUGCAGAAUCAAAACUCUACAUGACUUCAUACCAAAAACUACAUUUUUAGGUUAUUUUUAGAAAUACAGUUAAAGUGUUUGUAUAAAAAUCAACUAUGUUACAUUGUACUAAAACAUUAAAAUAUAUAUAUAUCCCUAUCCCAUAUCGAUGUAAUCCACCCAGAAGUCCUGGGUGGAUUUGUAAACUCGUAUAAAUGAUUUUACACUAAGACAGAUUUUGUUAUGGCACCUCACAAAAAUAUUGUGUGGGCAGACUUUGCAAAUAGAGCCAGUCCUACUACUUUUUUAAAUCACAGCUGACACAUUUUCAGUUCGGGCCGGGCCCUAUUUGAAUGCCGAGUCUUACUUAUGGCAUGUUGAGUGAGUCUGUGCAUUCACACCAUAUAAGACUAACGAGUCUAUAGGAAGAAGUGAAACACUGACUGCAUGGCUGACUAGAAAGAUGUGAUGUCGUGCAACAUCGGAUUAUUCCCUUCUCACAAUUGAGUCUAAUGCUGGAAAUAAAAACACGGUUUUCUCCAAAAUUUAAACUGCUGAUAUUCAUGUUUUUAACCUUGUUCUGAACUGCUGUAGUUCACAUUAGUGCUGGAUUCACACGCAGGUGUAAAACAUGACAUCGUAACUCUAAAAUGGUCCAGAUAAGGUGAAGGCCUGUUGGCUGUGUAACUAAUACACAGUGAAAUAUGAAUAUGACUUCAUACUGCUGCUUGAUGUUGCUUCAGAAGCACAGAUCUGAUUUUUAACUCUUCUUGGUGCAGAACUAAUCUGAUUAAUGCUGAAAUCCGUCAUUUUUUACUGCUCGUUAUGAAAAGAUUGGUGCCACGAAACACAAAGUCAAAUGUAAUGUUUGAGUAAAAACAUCCUGUUUUUCUUUAACGAGUCGUUCCGUUUUCAAAAUACAAACUGUUCUGUUUCUGCUUUUGUCUUUCAUGUUAUAAGAUCUUAUUUUCUUUGCUGUGGUUUCAGAAGAUACGAUGAGAAGAAAUGUUUAAUAAAAAUCACGUUGACGCAU